AUGAACCGGUUCAAGCUAGAUUUAUGGGGCGUAAAGGUCGACCUUAAGCUCCUAGGAGAUAUCUUCUUCCUCACGGGAGCAGGUCUCUCCAUGUACUACAUGAUCAGCCAUUUGCUUGGAGAUUUCGAUAGUUCAGUGAAACUGAAGCAGGCUAAGAAGAGUGGCUCCAACAUCCUCAAGAAGAUCCAGGCGACUCACCCCGAGCUCAAAAAAAUCACAUUGAACGAGCACGAGAAGGGUUUGCUUAAUUCGUUGGUCACACCAGACGACAUCACUACCGGUUUCGACGAUGUGGGAGGUCUCGAGUCCAUCAUAGACGAGCUUCAUGAAUCUGUCAUCUUACCCUUGACAGAACCCGAGCUUUUCGAGGCUCACCUGUCGCUUGUGCUGCUGCCCAAGGGUGUCUUGUUUCACGGUCCUCCAGGGUGUGGUAAGACUAUGUUGGCAAAAGCUAUUGCCAAAGAAAGUGGAGCAUUCUUCCUUCUGAUCCGCAUGUCCACGCUCAUGGACAAGUGGUACGGAGAGCUGAACAAGAUCGUGGACGCCAUCUUCUCCCUCGCUAAUAAGCUUCAACCCUGUAUUAUAUUUAUCGACGAGAUCGACUCGUUUUUGAGAGACAGACAGCUGACGGACCACGAAGUUUCGGCCUUGCUCAAGGCAGAGUUCAUGACCCUUUGGGAUGGCCUUUUGCUGAAUGGCCGUAUCAUGGUCAUGGGCGCCACGAACAGAAUGAACGACAUUGACCUGGCGUUCAUGCGUCGUUUGCCCAAGCGUUUUGCCGUGGGCAGACCCAACAAGGAGCAAAGAAAAGCAAUUCUACAGAAAAUCUUGAAGGACGCCACGCUUGACGAGGAGUUUGACAUUGACAAGGUCGUGGAGAAGACCCACGGCUUCAGUGGGUCGGACUUGCGUGAGUUGUCUAGAGAGGCAGCUUUGAAAUCGAUGAAGGAGUACCUCAAGGAGAAGUACAAGCGGGGAGAGAAGCAAAAUCCGGAAGGCAAGGUGCGUCCGCUACAGACCCGGGACUUCGUUGAGAUUCUGUUUGCCAGACACGCCUCGGACGUGGAAAACCUUAAACUGGAAACAUCACAGAACGACCUGGAUAUUUCCUACGAAACCACGGGUGUCAUUGACUUUGAGAAACAACACGAAGUGCUUAUUUUCUUCGAUAACGUGUAUCCUCGGUGGCUCGCAAGACUCAAGUUCAAGAGUUACUUGCAGCCUGCUAACUGGUUCAAGAGAGGUAGCGAAGAUCACCUCAAGGAGCGUUUGUUCAAGAUGGUAGAGAGGGGCAAGAAGCCACUUCCCGACGGAACCAAUGCACAGCAGUUUGUUCCAUUGAGAAGGGACGGUGGUGCUUUUGUCAAGUUUGUCGUACCGCCCUCAUCUACUCCCAAGGACCUCACCAAGUUGCUUGAGGAGAAUAUCAGGGAGUACAAGAAGAAGAACCUGAACCCAGUAUCCUCCUUCCUUGCGCUAUUCAAACCGGCUCCUAGUGCAUUCCAGGUCAAGGGUACGCCCUGGAUCGAGGACUUGAGUAGAUUCCCCUCGCCUAAGCUUAAGGUCAAGUUUCAGGGUGAGACAUUGUCUGAGGAGGAAUUGUACCUUUUGUUCAGACGCUAUGGUCAAAUCAAGGACAUCUUUCCUGCUACUUCCAGCACGCCUUACGCUACCAUUGUGUUUAAGUACACCGACUCGUGUAUCCGUGCUAAGAACUGUGUGACUGGUAUUACCUACAACGAUGGUCAGCUGGCCUUGCACUUGCAGUACAUCCCCGUUGAGCGGGUUAACUAUAUUGCCAAUGCCAUCAACAACCACCAGAAAAUUGCAAUUCCUUUGAUCCUUGCCAUUUUGGCCACUACCGCCGUUUUGAUCUUCGAACCGAUCAGAGAGCAGUUCAUCCAGAUCCGUAUCAAGCACAGAUUCACUUGGGAUAACCACAAGGACAACAUGAUCGUGAAGGCGUUCUACAUUCCAUACAAGACUCUUGCAAAUUGGAUCACCGACACAACCACUUUCAUUGAUGACUCCAUUGGCUCUAUUACCGGAGACCCCAACAAAGAGCUGGAAGAAAUGCCCUUGAUGGACCUUCAGGCAAACCUAUUCCUACAAGAGCGUUCUGAGAAGGCCAACGAUGUGAAGAUGUGGAUCCAUGAAAAUGCAAACACUUUCAUCAUCGUCAAAGGUCCAAGAGGAUCAGGAAAGAGGGAAUUCGUCGUUGAUAACGCUUUGCAAGAUGAUCACCAGUUUGGCAAGAAAAUGCUCGAGCUUGACUGUGAGCAAAUGAUCAAGGCUAGAAGCGACAAUGCUUUCCUUAAAAACACUGCCUCGCAAUUAGGCUACUUCCCUAUUUUCACUUGGACCAACUCGAUCUCGCAGUUUGUCGACUUGGGUGUUCAAGGUUUGACAGGUCAGAAGUCAGGAUUGAGUGAGUCGAAGGAAACGCAGUUCAAGAACAUGUUGCUGUUGACCGCCUCAGCGAUCAGAAAGGUCGCUCUCUCUGACUUUGAUGCAUACAAAGCCGAGUUGGCUAAGCAGCGCAAGGCGAAACACCAGGACGAUGAUUCCAAGAACUACGAUAUCAGAGAGGACGACUAUCUCCAGCUGCACCCCAAGGCCAAGCCAGUCAUCAUUGUGGAAAACUUUUUGAGAAAAUCUGAAUCACCAAACGACUUCAUCUACAAACUGAUUGCUGAAUGGGCAGCACAGCUUAUUCAGAGCAACACGGCUCACGUUAUUUUCAUCACCCUGGAUGCCAGCAGCUCCACUCACUUGACAGCAGCUCUUCCUAACCAGGUAUUCAAGACUGUGUCUUUGGCUGAUGCCACUAUGCAAAGCGCAAAGCAGUAUGUCAUGAGUCAGUUGAAGGAUAUGGAAAUGCAAUCGCUGAUUGAACACUGCUUGGCUCCAAUUGGUGGAAGAAUGCUCGAUCUUCAGGCGUUUGUAAGACGUGUGAGAUCCGGAGAGCAGGCAGAGGAUGCUUUGCGCCAGAUGGUCACUCAAGCCGCCGAACAAAUCACUACUUUCUUCUUGAAUGUGUCCAAAGCGGAUACUGAAAACAACUGGAGCACGGAUCAGAUCUGGGCGCUCAUGCGGCUUCUUGCUAACAAAGACCUGGUCACUUUCGAUGAGUUGACCCAGUCUCCUCUAUUCGGUGACAGUGCUGACACAGUGAGCACCUUGUUGGUGUUGGAAAAGAACGACUUGAUUUUGCUUCUGAGAGACAAGGGUAUUGUCAGCAGCAUCAAGACAGGCAGGCCUUUGUAUAAGGCCGCUUUCAAGAACUUGGUAGAGGACAAGGCAGUUUUCAAGCUCUACGAAACCCGUCUCAUCAAGAGUUUGAUCAAGCUAGAGAAUGCAAAGAUCUCUCAACUCGAGGACGAGAUCAGUAAGAUUGGCGAGGCGGUCGCUUCCGACUGGCUCAAAGACAGACUUACUUUUAUCGAGCAGAAGAUCAACGCUAGCACACAAAAAAUUCGCCUGUACGAGGGUCAGAUCAAAGAUGUGCUGAACGUUGGCGUUGAACAAAAAAAGCGUCUCUUUGGGUUCUAA